AUGAAGGUGAUAAUAGAUAGUACAAGAACAAUUAAACCAACUUAUGAAGGCAAUCCUCAACCUCAAACCUUGCCCUCAAUUCCCCUUUCUGUAUUUGAUAAGGUUAGCUACAAUAUACACUUUGCUAUUAUUUACGCUUAUCGCGCACCGACACCGCCAAAUGCAUUUCUUGAGAAUGGCCUGAAAAGAGCAUUAUCAGAAUAUAGAGAGUGGGCCGGAAGAUUAGGAGAAAAUGAGAAAGGCGAUCUUGUCAUUCAUUUAAAUGAUAAGGGCGUGAAGUUCGUCGAGGCAUCGGUAGACAACAAGCUUGAUGAAGUGAUGCCAUCGGAGCCAACUCCAAAUGUACUCAAGCUACAUCCUAACUUGGUGGAUGUAGAAGAGUUACUACAAGUUCAGCUUACAAGGUUUACUUGUGGCUCAUUGGUUAUUGGCUUCACAUUUCAUCAUAUGAUUGCUGAUGGGCGUGCCGCUAGUAAUUUCUUGCUUGCAUGGGGAAGAGCCAGCCAAGGACUUGACAUGGAGGCUCUCCCUUUACAUGAUCGAAACAUAUUUCAUUCUCGAAAUCCUCCCCAUUAUGAAUUCGAACAUGGAGCAAUCGAGUAUAAAAUCAAAGGUAGCGAUGGUCCAAAGGUAGACAAGUUUCCUUUUUGUAAUAAAUCUACGGAUGACAUUGUUAUCCGUAAAAUUACUUUUACACUAGACUUUCUUUCUAAACUCAAGGCUAGGGUUUCAAAUGGAAGAACCACUUUCGAAGUGUUGGUUGCUCAUAUAUGGCGAACUAUAACCAAGGCUCAUGGACUCGACGGAUCUAAAAACGUCCAUGUCAGAAUCUCCGUGGAUGGUCGGACGAGAAUGAAUCCACGAGUACCCAACGCGUUCUUCGGAAACUUGGUGCUAUGGGCAUAUCCAACAACAAGCAUUGACAAUUUAUUGAGAGAGCCAUUGGCUUAUACAGCUCAACUAAUUCAUGACAACAUUACGAAGCUUAAUCAUAACUAUUUCCAAUCGUUUAUCGAUUUUUCUACUCUAAAAGUGAAAGAGGACGGGCUCAUACCGUUGGUGGAGAAAGAAGGCGAGGACUCAGUUACUGAUUAUAUUUUGAAACAAUAUCCGAAUAUCGAUGUCUAUAGUUGGCUGAAUUUACCGUUCAAUGAGCUUGAUUUUGGAGGAGGACGUCCUAAUCUCUUCAUGCCAAGCUAUUCUGCUAUGGAAGGAGUCAUUUUUAUUGCACAUUCUCCUACUAGUGAUGGUAGUAUUGUUGCCUACGUAACUCUGUUUAAAGAACAUAUGACUCUUUUUGAGCAAAGUAUAUAUUCAUUAGACUGAGUUAAUUAUUGGAAAUGGAAAUGACAUUAAUGUAGGCUCCAGUG